UAGAUACAUAUAUCUACAUCGUUAUAAAUUUAUAACAUUGAAUCUCACGAGAAUUGGGACAUUAUGAUAGCUGAAAUGGAAAAAUAGGACAAACUUUCAGGGACAGAGGGAGUAAUACAAUUUCAUGUGACGUCAAGCCUAGUCGUUCUAUAUUUUAAUCAUAUGAUUGCCAUUUAGUCUUAAUUUGAGUGUAAGAUAUUGUUCAUUUUUAUAAUAACUCCAUAUGUGUGGAGAAUUUUUUGAUGCUAAAUGUCAAACCCAACUAAGAUUCCAAGAUUACAUGAAAGGACUUGAAUUGCAGAUUUAUAAUAUUAGGUAAAUGGUAUUGGAGAAAAGAAAAAUAAUCUAAAAACCAGCAAUUAAACUAAAUCAAUCAAAGCCCUAAUUAUGUAUGCCAUAUGUGUUGAUGAUUUUCGUGGAUGUGUCUUUACUCAUGAGAAUGGGUCAUUAGUAAUAGUUGCAAUUUUUUUCUGACUGUCGACUCUUCGAUUUCAAUUUGUACUUGCAAAAUCUUUUAUGUACCAUUAUCUUUGCAAUCUAGUAAAAAUAUGCAUAUUCCUACAAUGUUUUAUAAGCUCAUAUCAUCUUUACUAUUUAUCAUAAUUCCUGAGGUUAAUGCCUAAGCCAAAGGUCUCAGGUUCGAGUCCUCCGUGGCGUGACCUUUAAAUUUUAAGUUAUUUAACCAUACAAAAAAAAUAAUUAUAUGGAAAGUUCACAUAUACAUAUAAUUAAGCAGAAAUUGCAAAAAUUAAAAUAAUAUGCAUUUUUGUAAAAGGCGCAUCACAUACAUAUUACUCCUAUCAUGACAAAAAAGAGAUAAGGAGUUGAUAUAAAGGCAGGAAAGAGAUGAGAAAACCAUGCAAAUGACGCAUCUCUGCAAUUCAGUUUGUGGCACCUCUCUCUCGUGAACCAACUGCGACCUCAACUGCCCUUUCACCUAAUUCUCACCCAGAAUAAUACCUCCACACACACACACACAGAGAGAGAGAGAGAAUCUCUCAUGCAGUUAUAGUUAGUUCGAUCUCUGUGUCUGUCUACUACCUAGGAAAAAAUGCUGCUAGUUUGCAGUUCACUUGUUUUUUCAUGAUUGACAUUAAGAGUAGCCUUCUUCUUUCCUAGUAUAAAAAGGUUCCACAAAACUCCCACUUCUCAUCUCCAAACAAACAAAACAAAGGAAGGAAAACAGAUUUUACAUACCUUUUCAAGAAUGUCUUGGUUUUGGACGAUAAUGUUUCUAAGUUUUGCAAUCAUCAACAAUUCAGAGUCUAGACUUCACAAGCCAUCUGCUGUUGUGGUUGGGACAGUCUACUGCGACACAUGUUUCCAGCAGAAUCUACCAAAAGCCAACCACUACUUCAUUCCAGGUGCAUCUGUCACCGUAGAAUGCAAGGACGCAAGAUCAGGAAAGAGGUUCCGGAAACAAGUUAAAACAGACAGCCAUGGAGAAUUCAAAGUGCACCUCCCUUUCCCUGUCAGCAAACAUACCACCAAAAUCAGAGGAUGUUCUGUGAGACUAAUUAGCAGUAAUAAACCAUAUUGUGCUGUAGCAGCUUCUACAACUUCUUCAGAACUUCAUUUCAAGUCAAGAAAAGAUGGGACACAUGUUUUUUCUGCAGGGUUUUUCACAUUCAGGCCACUCAAACAACCACAAGUAUGUAAUGAGAAGCCAAGCAUCACUAAUUUCAAUAAAUUAUCGAAUCCUAGUGAUCCAGAAUUUGUACCACCAGUUCAAGAUCAACCAUCCUUUGGCAGCUUCCUCCCACCUCUGCCUCGACUACCACCACUGCCGCAGCUUCCCCGCCUACCACCACUGCCCGGAAUCCCAUUUCUGCCACCAGCACUACCUAGAAAGCAAGCAGCAACUAAUGUACCAAAUAUAAUUCCUCCAAGCCCUCUUCUGUUACCACCUAUUACAAUUCCUAAGAUACUUCCUUCCCCUGUGCAGUCAAUUAUCCCUCCUCUUUUACCUUCACCCAGUCCACCACCACCAUUGUUCAACCUGCCCCCUAUUCCUGGUUUAAUUCCGUCUCCACCUCCACCACCACCUCCAGUCCAGCUGCCCUCAUUUCCUUUCCAGCCAACCCCUGGUUUUCCUGGAGUGCCUCCUGCUAAGGUUGCUGCACUAUCAGAAACAAGCUCUCCUUGAUUUUAAUUUAACAUAGCUGCAAUGUAUGAUAAUCGCAUAGCCGUACACUCACCCUUGAACCUUCAACUUCGCACAUUUUAUAAUAGUGUACCAUUUCCUAUCAAAAGUGUCUUUACCACAGGGUAUUAGAUUUUGACUUAGCAAUGUCUGCAGAACACAAGAAGAGAAUGGAAAAUCUGUACCUCACAAGAGAUGCUAUCCAAGUGAUACGUUUUAGCAGUAGCCAGAAAUUGUUUGUUUCCAUUGGUUUUCCUGGUUACUAAUGAUAAUAAUUCAUAAUUUCUUGAA